AUGGCUUCUCUCGGUACUACGGCCACCGACUACUUUCCUCCCCUCGAGGAGCGUCCCCUCAAGAACACCAUCUGCCUCUUCGAUGUCGAUGGACCUCUCACGCCCGCUCGUCUGGGCGCCUCCCCCGAAACGCUCAACAUGCUCACCUCGCUCCGCCAAAAAUGCGCCAUCGGCUACGUAGGCGGCAGCAACCUCGCCAAGCAACAAGAGCAACUGGGUGUCCCCGCGGGCCGCCCCGUGACGUCCAUGUUCGACUUCUGCUUCUCGGAGAACGGGCUGACGGCGUACAAGCUCGGGGCAGAGCUGGCGUCGAGCAGUUUCAUCCAGUGGAUCGGCGAGGACCAGUACAAGGAGCUGGCGUCGUUUAUCCUGCACUACAUCGCCGACCUGGACAUCCCCAUCAAGCGGGGGACCUUCAUCGAGUUCCGCAACGGCAUGAUCAACGUCAGCCCCAUUGGCCGCAACGCGAGCAACCAGGAGCGCAACGAGUACGAGGUCUACGACAAGCAGCACAAGAUUCGCGAGACGUUUGUUGAGAAGCUCAAGGAGCGUUUUGGACACUUGGGAUUGACCUUCUCCAUCGGUGGCCAAAUCUCCUUCGACGUCUUCCCUACCGGCUGGGACAAGACCUACUGCCUACAGCACCUCGAGAACGACGCCAAGAAGCCCGGCGGCAUCGAGUACACGACGAUCCACUUCUUCGGCGACAAGACCUUCAAGGGUGGCAACGACUACGAGAUCUACGAGGACCCCCGCACCAUCGGCCACACCGUUGACUGUCCCGAGGACACUAUCAGGGCCAUCAACGCGUUGUUCGGCGUUUGA